CGCGGCUCGCCGCUCCCGGUGGACCUGUGAGGAGGUGGGAGUGUCCGGUCCGACAGCAUCUUCUCCCGAGACGACGGCUGACGGAGACGUCGUCUGUCCCGCUGUGCGUCUGUCGGUGGUCGGUGGUCUGUCUGUCGGUGGUCUGUCUGUCGGUGGUCGGUCGGUGUCGGGAUGGACGCGGCGGCGGCGCAGGGCGGGCUGUGCGGGGUGAAGGUGAUGUGUCGCUUCAGGCCGCUGAACGACGCGGAGCGAAGCCGCGGAGACAAAUUCAUCCCCAAAUUCAACGGAGAAGACACGGUGGUGGUGUCGGGGAAACCGUAUGUGUUCGACAGAGUCCUGCCUCCGUACACGGAACAAGUUCAGGUGUACGACACCUGCGCCAAACAGAUCGUCAGAGACGUGUUGGGAGGAUACAACGGGACGAUCUUUGCGUACGGUCAGACGUCGUCAGGAAAGACUCACACGAUGGAGGGGAACCUGCACGACCCUCGUCUGAUGGGAAUCAUCCCUCGGAUCUCCAGAGACAUCUUCGACCACAUCUACUCCAUGGACGAGAACCUGGAGUUCCACAUCAAGGUCUCUUAUUUUGAAAUCUACCUGGAUAAGAUCAGAGACCUGCUUGAUGUGUCAAAGACCAACUUGGCCGUUCACGAGGACAAGAACAGAGUUCCCUUCGUCAAGGGUUGUACGGAGCGUUUUGUUUCUAGUCCUGAAGAAGUGAUGGACGUAAUCGAUGAGGGGAAAGCAAACAGACACGUCGCAGUAACUAACAUGAACGAACACAGUUCUCGCAGCCACAGUAUCUUCCAGCUCAACAUCAAGCAGGAGAAUGUGGAGACGGAGAAGAAGCUGUCGGGGAAACUGUAUCUGGUCGACCUCGCCGGCAGCGAGAAGGUAAGUAAGACGGGAGCAGAAGGUUCCGUGUUGGACGAAGCCAAGAACAUCAACAAGUCUCUGUCGGCUCUGGGGAACGUGAUCGCUGCUCUGAGCGAAGGGACGAAAAGCCACGUCCCGUACAGAGACAGUAAGAUGACCCGGAUCCUUCAGGACUCUCUGGGAGGAAACUGCCGAACCACCAUCAUCAUCUGCUGCUCGCCGUCCGUCUACAACGAGACCGAGACCAAGUCCACGCUCAUGUUCGGACAGAGAGCUAAAACCAUAAAGAACACGGUGUCAGUGAACCUGGAGCUGACGGCCGAGGAGUGGAAGAAGAAAUAUGAGAAGGAAAAAGACAAGAACCGGAGUCUGAACGUCACCGUCCAGAAACUGGAGAACGAACUGAAGCGCUGGAGGAAAGGUGAGUCUGUACCUGUGGAGGAGCAGCUGAGUGACAGGAACAAGAAGAAGAGCAGCAGCAGUGAGACGACGGCGGCGGCGGACGACGACGUGGCCCCGCCCCCUGUCCCUCUGUCCGGCGAGGAGAAGACGCAGUACGAGACGCUCAUCACCGACCUGUACCAGCAGCUGGACGACAAGGAUGACGAGAUCAACCAGCACAGUCAGACGGCCGAGGAACUCAAACAGCAGCUCGUUGAUCAGGAUGAGCUGUUGGCGUCCAGCCGCCAGGACUGUGAGCGCCAGCAGGAGGAGCUGUCCCGGCUGCACAGGGACAACGACUCGGCCAAAGAGGAGGUGAAGGAGGUGCUGCAGGCGCUGGAGGAGCUCGCCGUCAACUACGACCACAAGAGCCAGGAGGUGGAGGAGAAGAGCCGCUGCAACGGACAGCUGAACGAGGAGCUCGCCCACAAGACUGUGAGUCUGGAGCUGCUCCACAGGGAGUUCUCUUCUCUGCAGGACGUCAGCUCUCAUCAGAAGAAGAGAUCAUCAGAGAUCCUCAGUCUGCUGCUCAGAGACCUCAGUGACGUGGGCGGAGUCCUGGGGACCAGCGACCUGCGAGCUAUGAUGGAGACGGGCGCGGCGAUGGAGGACGACUUCACCACAGCUCGUCUCUACGUCAGCAAGAUGAAGUCUGAGGUCAAGUCUCUGGUGAGCCGCAGCAAACAGCUGGAGGUCGACCUGAUGGAGAGCAGCCGCCGCACGGAGGCGAGCGAGACGCAGCUCAACGGCCUGCAGCUGCUCGUCUCACAGCUCCGGGCGAAGAUCUCGUCUCUGAGCGACGACCUGCAGACGGUGGAGAGGAAGAAGCGGCAGCUGGAGGAGAGUCAGGACGCACUGAUGGAGGAAGUCGCCAAACUCCAGGCUCAAGAUAAAGUGCACGAGGGGACGGUGAUGGACAAAGAGAAGGAACACAUGAGCAGACUGAAGGACGCUGUUGAGAUGAAGAGAACCCUGGAGGAACAGAUGGAGAACCACAGAGAAGUUCAUCAGAAGCAUCUGAGCAGACUGAGAGACGAGAUCGAGCAGAAGCACCGGGACGUCGACCAGCUCAAAGAUGUGAACCGGGCUCUGCAGCUGGAGAACACGAAGAUCCAGUCGGACUUUGACAAACUAAAAGCUGAGGAUGAGAAGAAAGAGCAGAAACUCCAUAAGCUGCAGUUCCUGAAGGAGAAGCGAGAUCAGGCCACAGACGAGCUGAAGGGUCUGGAGGAGACAGUGGCCAAAGAGCUGCAGAUGCUGAACAACCUGCGGAAACUCUUCAUCCAGGACGUCGGCAGUCGAGUCCAGAAUAGUUCGGAGAGCGACGGCGGCGAGGCCGGCGGCAGUCUGGCUCAGAGACAGAGGAUCGUCUUCUUGGAGAACAACCUGGAGCAGCUCAGUAAGGUCCACAAGCAGCUGGUGCGGGACAACGCAGACCUUCGCUGUGAGCUGCCCAAGCUGGAGAAGCGUCUGAGGGCCACGGCAGAGCGGGUGAGGUCUCUGGAAGCCGCCCUGAGGGACGCCAAGGAGUCGGCCGCGAGAGACCGCAAACGAUACCAACAGGAAGUGGACCGCAUCAAAGAGGCCGUCCGCUCUCAGAACGUCUCCAGGAGGGGUCACUCUGCUCAGAUAGCCAAGACAAUCAGAGCGGGACCCUCUCCGUCCACCAGACCGACCAUCAGAGGAGGGGGCGUGGCAUCCAGUCCACGUCAUCACUCCCCACGACAGCAACCACUGCAACGGCAACCACUGCAACGGCAACCACUGCAACGGCAACCACUGCAACAGCAACCACUGCAACUGCAACAGCAACCACUGCAACAGCAACCCCGCCAGAGCCACAGCAAGUAGGCUCCAGGUGAGUCAGCAUCACAGAAACCACAGCAACUACACAACAGCAACAACAACAACAACAACAACAACAAGCACAACAUGGUCUGAACUUGUCUUCUCGGGAGAACGUCAGGUCAUUGGAUCUCUGAAUUUUCUGCCUUCACUGGAACCAGACUCCUCUUUUCCACUGGUGACCCCCUUAACUGCCAUUCCACCUUAACAGCCAUUCCACCUUAACAGCCAUUCCACCUAAACUGCCAUUCCUCCUUAACUGCCAUUCCACCUUAACUGCCAACAAGUGCUUUCUCCUCUGUCUUUUCUUUUUCUGACAGAAAAUCAGCUCUGGUGCUGCCUAACCCCUUAACUCCCUAACUCAUUAACUCCCUAACCCCUUAACUCCCUAACCCCUUAACUCCCUAACCCAUUAACUCCCUAACCCCUUAACUCCCUAACUCAUUAACUCCCUAACUCAUUAACUCCCUAACCCCUUAACUCCCUAACUCAUUUACUCCCUAACUCAUUAACUCCCUAACUCCUUAACUCCCUAACCCCUUAACUCCCUAACCCCUUAACUCCCUAACUCAUUAACUCCCUAACUCAUUAACUCCCUAACCCCUUAACUCCCUAACUCAUUUACUCCCUAACUCAUUAACUCCCUAACUCCUUAACUCCCUAACCCUUUAACUCCCUAACCCGUUAACUCCCUAACUCAUUAACUCCCUAACCCCUUAACCACCUAACCCUUUAACUCCCUAACCCCUUAACACCCUAACUCAUUAACUCCCUUACCCUUUAACUACCUAACCUCCUAUCUCCCUAACUCCCUAACCCCUUAAUCCCCUGAGAUAAAUUGUCAGUUGUAUAAAGCUUUGCAGGGAGAUCAAAACUCUGACAUAUUGAAUCAGUAUUUUGAGUUGUGGUCAGAAGGACGAUGAGCUGCACGGCAGGAUAUUACUAAUAACGAAUAAUGAUAAUAACAAUAAAUUAAAUGAUUGUUAUACACAGUGGAGGACACGAUGUCCUUCACUGUAGUCAAUCAAAUCUUGAUCUUUGUGAAGAUAUGAUGAACUACGAUAUUUAACUUAAUUCAUAUUCUUAUAAAGCAGUUUUGGAUCAAUUAAAAUUUAUAAAUCAUGGAGUUUGACAUAAUUAUUUGGAUACUUUAUUUGGACAAAAUCCAACAAAAGUAUGAACAGUUAUUUAAAAUAAUUAAAAAAUAUGAAGAAGUCACAGUAAUAUUUUGGAAAAAAAGUUCUAGAGAAUAAAAAUCUGAGAUUAACAGGGAAACGUUGAAACAAAGUCAGAAUGUAGCCAAAAAAGAUAUAAACUGAGACGUCGCUCUUAUCUGUAAUCUGAUAAUAAAUAAAAGUAUUAUAUUCUUUUUUUUAAAUCACAAUAUUUGGAAAGACUUGGUUUUCAUAAUAUUGGGAUUUUGCUGUUGUCAUGGUGAUGACACCAUACAAGUCAAAUGUCUUAUCAGAUAUUUACAUCUGAAUGAAGUGAGAUCGAACAAAUUAAUUACAAGAACAUGUUCAACAGUUGUUAAGGUCAAAUUAUUUUGACAUGGAACGUGUUAUUUUAUAAAACUUAAUAAGUGUUAUGUCACUAUCUUGUGAUUUGUAAGACCUAAUGAUAUAAAGCAUUCGUAUUUUUCCUAAUGUUUCAUGACUUUUUUUAUUUUGUUUUUAUAUUUCAUAUUUAUUUCUAACAGUUUUUAUACAUUUAAUUAAUGGAAUUUUGUUUUUGUUUUUUUUGGGACAUUAUUUAUUAUCACAAAAUAUUUGUUCGUGUGUGAUAUUAGUGUUGAACAGUGUGAAGCUGCUGUGUCGUCAUGUAGACGUCAUGUCGUCGUCUGUGGUUGAGCUGAAGUUACUGUUCAUGUGGUUCAGGUUUGAGUAAAUGUCUUUUAUUCAUAAUUGAUAUUGAUAUAUGAACAUUAUCUGAAUAAAAUACAGUAAGUAGAGCAAAAUGAAAAAACAUCUGUAGAAUUUUUACACUUCUUCCUCCAGCACAACUGAACUGUGACGAUCAGUCGGGGAUGAAGAUAAAAAUAUCUAUAACAAGAAGAAACUGAGUGAAGAUAUUCAUUAUGUAAUAAACUCAAUUUGUCAAAUAUUCA